AUACCAUCAUCAAAUAAUCCACAAGUACCUCCUUUUGACCUGAAUUCUUCGCAAUUUCUAUCCUUGAUGAUCGUCUCUUGCUCACUAACACUUGUAAUUUAUAGUCUUCUCAACUCCAUAAAAAACUCGUUAAAUCGGAAACCCCAAUUUGCUUGCAAAUCGCAUAUUCCACCAUUUCUAGUUUAGAUUUCUAUCCCGUGAAGAAAACCCUUGGGGGAAUUAGGGUAAUUUUAGUUUUCCCAAAAUCAAAGGUUCCAAGUUUCGGCACCGUGUAAUUCGCAUUCUCCAUUAUCAGGUUCUUCCUUUAUUACUCAACUUCAUAUAUCAUCAAACUUUCCACUAUUCUUGACAGUUGUAUCGCUUGAAUUGUUGUUUUCUUACUCUGUUGCUUUUAUUUUUAAAAUCUAAUGGCCCUUUUUCUUUUUGAUGACAGAAAGAAGGGUUUUCAUCUGAAGGGUAAAAGUUGGGUAUUUUUCUAAAAAUGUCAAUGAUGCAAGCUGAUGAACUGAACAUAUCUUUCAACAAUCUGAUGGUUUUUGGAGGUGGGAGGAGGGUUAUUACGGAGUGGAAGGACAUUCCGAUGGAGCUUUUGAUGAGGAUUAUAUCUUUGCUGGAUGAUCGGACGGUCAUAAUUGCUUCUGGAGUUUGUAGUGGAUGGAGGGAUGCUAUAUGUUGGGGACUUACUCAUUUUUCCCUCUCUUGGUGCAAAAACAACAUGAACAACAUGGUACUUUCUCUUGCUCCCAAGUUCACAAAAUUGCGGGUUUUGAUCCUUCGGCAAGAUAAACCGCAGCUUGAUGAUAAUGCUGUUGAGACCAUUGCGCAAAACUGCCAUGAUUUGGAGGAUCUCGACCUCAGCAAGAGCUUUAAACUUGGUGACCGAUCGCUUUAUGCUUUGGCUCGUGGUUGUCCGGAUCUUAUUAAGCUCAAUAUCAGUGGCUGCUCUGCCUUUAGCGAUGCCGCCCUCGAGUAUCUCAGUGGUUACUGUCGAAAAUUGAAAAUUUUGAACCUUUGUGGAUGUGUAAAAGCGGCAUCUGACAAGGCCCUCAAGGCUAUCGGAUACAACUGCCGACAACUUCAGUCCAUAAACCUCGGUUGGUGUGAAGGAGUCGGUGAUACUGGAGUGAUGAGUUUGGCUUAUGGAUGUCCCGAUCUUCGUGCCCUCGACUUGUGUGGCUGUGUUCUUAUAACAGAUGAGAGUGUGAUAGCUCUUGCAAACAAUUGUUUACAUUUGCGGUCUCUUGGUCUAUAUUACUGUCAAAACAUCACGGACCGAGCUAUGUAUGCUUUAGCGCAUAGCCGAGUGAAGAACAAACGGGAAGUUUGGGAGUCGGUUAAAAGCCGGUACGAAGAAGAAGGGCUCAUUAAUCUCAACAUCAGUCAAUGCACGGCUCUAACCCCGCCUGCGGUUCAAGCUCUGUGUGACUCAUGCCCGGCACUUCACACGUGCCCUGGUAGGCAUUCUCUGAUCAUAAGUGGCUGCCUGAACCUGACCUCGGUGCACUGUGCUUGUGCGUUUCAAGCCCAUCGAGCCGUGGCACCGCUUUCGCAUCGGGCUCAUUGAUCGAUCGGUGGGGCCAUUUCUUAUGGUUGGUUUGGAUCAUGUGUGUAUAUAUAUGGUUAACGGUUGCUCUGUGUGAAAGACUAAUGGAUGUUUGCACUUUUAUAAUGCAGAAAAUUUAAUCCAUUUUCACAGGUAUGCUGCAUAAAACCUAAAUAACUGUAUCUGUGGAGCUCCACGACUAAAAACUGUAUUAUUAUAAUAAAAUUGAGUUUAUUGAACGUC